AUGGAGGACUAUCCAAAGGGUCUCGUGGUCAACACAGCACCUGCCGGAGAGGCCGCUCAGAGGAGGUGGGAUGAGUUCCCGGUGUCCGUCUCGCCCAAGAUGGCCAAGUUCAUGACUGUAAACUUUGAUAGCCACAACCCCAAUCAUGAGAAGGGCACAGACGUCCGCCGUUCCCUUUCUGGGCUGGACUACUCACCACUUCCACGGGUAUCGGGACGUUCUCUCGGUCUCGCCAUGCUGGUGUCUAUGGGAGGCUUGAUCUUUGGCUACGACACUGGCCAGAUCUCGGGCUUUCUAGAGAUGCCUGAUUUCCUCGAGCGCUUUGGACAGAUCAACUCGGAAGGGGAGUACUACUUCAGCAAUGUGCGGUCAGGUCUCAUCGUCGCCCUUCUGUCUAUCGGUACGCUCAUAGGCGCUUUGAUCGGAGCCCCUAUCGCCGAUCGCGUUGGCCGCAAAUACUCCAUUUCCUUCUGGUGCGUCAUUACGUCCAUCGGCUUUAUUAUCCAGAUUGCUGCAGACGAUACAUGGGAACAGGUAAUGAUGGGUCGCUGGGUGGCGGGCCUGGGUGUCGGAGGACUGUCACUCCUGGUCCCGAUGUACCAGGCUGAGACGGCGCCGCCUUGGAUCCGUGGCGCAUGA